GGAUAGGCCAAGAGAUCUCCUGCUGAUACAGCAGGCAGUGCCCGUUGGCAGAGCGACUGUGACGCAGGCAGCGGGCGCGCCAACAACAACAACAGCAGCAGCAGCAGCAGCAACAGUUGUUGCUUGUACAGCGACAGCAACAGCAACGACAACAGCAACAGCCACAGCAACAUUCAUAGAUGCAGAUGCUGCAACAGCAGCAGCAGUUGCAAACCUGCGCAGUAAGGUGCCUUCGAUAUCUAUAAUACCGCUGCCAGCGUCAACGACCAUUGUGGCCAAGGCAUCAACAACGCCCACGCAAGUAUCGCUGGCUCCCAGCUGCCUGAUAGCAGGAGCAUCCGGCAGCAUAACCAGGCCCCACCAGCAACAGCAGCAACAGCAACAACAACAGCAGCAGCUACUGCAACAACAACAAUCGCAGUCGCAGUCACAGUUACAGCCACAGCUCACAGCUGUGCGAAGCACCUCAAACAAGGCCACAUCCCCACCAUUUGCUUUCCUCACAGAUAUUGCCAGCAGUGGCGGGAACAGCACGCUGACGUUGGUGCGCAGCAACAACAGCAACGGCAGCAGCAACACCCUCGCCUUUGUCCGCCCCCCACAACAACAUCAAUACCAACAGACCGACAAGUGCACCGUUCUGAAGUUGGCAGCGGGGUCUGCCCUGCCCCCAGUGACCACCUUACGGAGUUUGGCUCAGGCAAGCGAUGGGGACGGAUCGAGUGCCACCACCACGUACCUGCAGAUCGAACAGCAGCUCAGCGAGCUGGAGGCUGUCGAUGAGGACGAGCAUAUGGCCACGCUGCUGGGCAGUGCGCCACCUGCACAAAUACUGGCCAACCAGCCCAUUAUUGUCAAGCUCGAGCCCACGCAGUCGUUUCACAUUGUCGAUGAGCACGACACUCGCGUCCUCAGUCUGCCGCUGAGCGAUGGCGACAAGUUGGGCGCCAGCUGGAUCGAUCUGAAGGAUAUUGCCGGUCUGCAAACGGGCAGCGGAGCAACACUGCUUGACGUCUGUUUCGAAGCCGCUGAGGGGGACGGCGAAGGCGAGGAGCUCAACAGCAGCAACAUGGCCACCAUCAUUGCUAUGGCACCAGCGGCGACAGCAUCAGCAAUGGCUAACAUGGACUCGCCAGAGCAGGUCGAGUUUGUGGAACAGCUGGCUGAGCCACCACCCAAGCGUCUGGCAUUGUCCCAGCCACAUCAGCAGCCCAAGUUCAUGUCCGAGCCGCCAGCGCUGGCCCUCUCGAGCAGCUUCAGUAGCCUCAGCAACUUCAGCAGCAUCAGCAACAUCAGCAGCGUCUGCAAGCACAUUGGCAGCAGCAACGAAAGCUCCGGUAGUGGUAGUGGUGCCACCAUAACCGGCAGCACAACCGGCAGCAACAGCAGCAGCAAAACCUCCACAGCAACAACAACAAGCCCAGCCAGCGCCACAAGUGAGUCUGCCUCAAAAGCAGCAACAGCUUCCAGCCGAGCUGGAAGCGAGCGUGCCACGACGCCAGUGUCUUUGCCAGCAUUGCUGCCCACACAGAAAAUAUCCGCAACAACCACAACGGCAAGUACGUCUGCAACUGCAACUGCAACCACAGCAACAGCAACAGCGACGCGGGAGUCUUCUUCCUUCAGCAGCAGUACAAGCAGCGGAAGUGGUAGUGGCAGUGGUAGUGGCAGUGGGAGCGCCAGUGGCAGUGGCAGCAGCAACAGCAGCAUGGGUGCCAUGACAGCUCAAAUUGAGAUAAUUCCAUGCAAAGUUUGUGGCGACAAAUCGUCCGGCGUUCACUACGGCGUUAUCACCUGUGAGGGCUGCAAGGGAUUUUUUCGUCGUUCACAGAGCUCCGUGGUCAACUAUCAGUGUCCGCGCAACAAGCAAUGUGUUGUGGAUCGGGUUAAUCGAAAUCGCUGUCAAUACUGUAGACUGCAAAAGUGCCUAAAACUGGGAAUGAGUCGUGAUGCUGUAAAAUUCGGCAGAAUGUCCAAGAAGCAACGUGAGAAGGUCGAGGAUGAGGUGCGUUUCCAUCGUGCCCAGAUGCGUGCGCAAAGCGACGCGGCACCGGACAGCUCAGUGUUCGAUACACAGACGCCCUCGAGCAGCGAUCAGCUGCACCACAACAACUACAAUAGCUACAGCGGCUACUCGAACAACGAGGUCGGAUACGCCAGUCCCUACGGCUACUCGGCAUCGGUGACGCCGCAACAGACAAUGCAAUAUGAUAUAUCGGCCGAUUAUGUUGACAGCACCACAUACGAGCCGCGCAGUACAAUGAUGGAUCCCGAAUUUAUUAGUCAUGCUGAUGGCGAUAUUAAUGAUGUGCUCAUCAAAACGCUGGCCGAAGCACAUGCAAACACAAAUACCAAGCUGGAGGUUGUGCAUGACAUGUUUCGAAAGUCGCAGGAUCUGUCGCGCAUCAUCUAUUACAAGAAUCUGGGCCAGGAGGAGCUAUGGUUAGACUGUGCAGAGAAGCUUACACAAAUGAUACAAAAUAUUAUCGAAUUUGCUAAGCUGAUACCGGGCUUUAUGCGCCUGAGUCAGGAUGAUCAGAUACUGCUGCUGAAAACGGGCUCCUUUGAGCUGGCGAUUGUUCGCAUGUCCAGAUUACUAGAUCUCUCACAGAACGCUGUCCUCUAUGGCGAUGUGAUGCUGCCGCAGGAGGCGUUCUACACAUCGGACUCGGAUGAGAUGCGCCUGGUGUCGCGCAUUUUCCAAACGGCUAAGUCCAUAGCCGAACUAAAACUGACUGAAACCGAACUGGCACUCUACCAGAGCUUAGUGCUGCUCUGGCCAGAACGAAAUGGUGUGCGUGGCAAUACGGAAAUACAGAGGCUUUUUAAUCUGAGCAUGAAUGCAAUACGGCAAGAGCUUGAAACGAAUCACGCGCCGCUCAAGGGCGAUGUUACCGUGCUGGACACGCUCUUAAAUAACAUACCCAACUUCCGCGACAUUUCGAUCAUGCAUAUGGAAGCGUUGAGCAAGUUCAAGCAACAGCAUCCAAAUGUUGUAUUCCCAGCGCUGUAUAAGGAGCUCUUCUCAAUAGAUUCGCCCCAAGAUCUGACAUAACAAGAGCAGCUGUUCAUGGAGACUUCAAUUGACGAUGUUGCCGCCGGCUGUCCGCUGGAAAUUUUGGCAACGGCAACGGCAUCGCCAACGUCGCCGCCAUCUCAGCAGCAACAGUUGCUGGAAUAGCUGCAACAGCAAUGGCGGAGCAACAACAACAAGCAACAACAACAACAACAGACAACAAACCAAGCAACAACUUUAUCAUCAUUUAAGCUAGCAUACAACCAAGGAUGUGAUCCUGGCCGAGGACUCACUUAAAAUAUAUUUAACAAAACGAAAACAAAAAAAUGGGAAAAACAAAAAUGCUAAACAUUACAAAAUAUAUGAUAUACUUUUUUCUAUCAACCAACAAAAAACAAACAAACAAACAAACAAAAGCAAAAGAAAACUCAGUUAAUAUUUCGCUUUAUAUACAACAACAGAAAAAAGUGAAAAGGAAUGCAAGAGGCAUGUCUUUUGCAGUGCAUUUGUCUAUAAAAAAUGCCUUAAACAGUUUCAACUUAUUUCUUAAGUUACAUUUAGCAGCAGCAUUCUUAACCACAAUAUAUGCGUAAAUACAUACAAACAAGCACACACACACACUCUCUCAUAGACACAAGUGUAUGUUUUAGCAGCAGCAACAAAAGCAACAUUAUCAUAAAUUAGCUCAAAUGACAAAAUUUUUUGUUAACCCUUCCCCACAACCACCAUCAGGUGUCUCGACGCUCAACGUUGUGCGGCAUUGCUUAUAUCGACUAAGUACUUAAAUACAAAUGCAGUCUAGUUUAAAUGCCAAAGCACAUUUCGGCGAGCUUAGGCAAUGCUGUGUUUGUUGCUUGUUGUUUUCAGUUCGAACCCAUUUCUCUCCGCAGCUUCCGCUUCCAUUUCAACUUCAGACCAGAAGAUUCAAUCCAGAUUACUAAGCUGAGCUGGACUUUUGCAUCCUUUUAGGUUGUCUUUGCCUUUGUUGUUAACUAAACAUGUGUAUCAUAUAUACCAUAAAUAUAAAUAUAUACAUAUACUAUAUAUUAUAAUUUCUUAUAUACAUACGUAUGUAUACACAUAUACACGUACACAUAUGCAUUAAUUUCUUUGUAAACAAAUCGAAUAUCUCGGAAAAUGUGUUCUUACGGUUAUUAUUAUUAAUUUUUACAUUUAAUUUGUGUUACUGAGCAAGCAAAGCAAACACACACACACACAUGCAACACACACAAACACAUACAUACAUACAGCAAGUACAUUUAAGCGAGCACAUAAAAGUAUGCAAUAUUUUUUUCCGACAAAUGUAUUUUAUGUUCUUUUUUAAUAGCAAUCCGGUUCCAAGGUUUUUUAGAAGAGAAGAGAAAACAAAACAACAAUUUAUAAAUAUUAGAAAUUUACUUAUAAUUAUGUACAAUUUACGCAUAAUGGCAAGUGACAGGUUUAUGUUUAUUGUUUUAAGUAACUUGUAACAGAAACCAAACAGACUGACGGACCGCCCGACAGCAAGCAGCACACACACACACACACAUACUAUAUACAAAGAAAAUUUGAAGAGCAACUUAAGAGAAACGGCUCCAAAAAGACAAGCAACUGCAACAUUUUUUGGGUUGAUCUGAACCGAUAUUUGAACGACUGACCAUACAAAGACGUACAUACAUUACAUACAUAUACAUAAAUUACACACACAAACACACACCCACACACCCACACACACAAUACACAUACGCAGAACGCACUUAUACAUAGAAACACCCAUGCGUACAUCGGAUAAAUUAGAUUCUUCUAGGAUAACAAACAACACAUUGGAUAGUAGGUGAUAAUUGGUGUGUCUUAAAUGCCCCGCUACCCCGUAACUUUUUUACUAAAUUAGCAAACGUUUUUGGUAGAAAUAACUUUGCAGUUCUAAACCAACAAAUACUAAAUUUAACGCAGGCGCAUACUAUUAAUUAAACUAAUUUUAUACAUAUACAUACACGCAUAUAUAUAUAUAU